AGCGGCGCCAGAGGACGAAGCCCUUCGGACACAUAGAAAGAGAGAGAGAGAGAGAUGAGUCUGUGGGAGCACGUGGAUAUGCACGCACGUACACACAUACUCGGCUGCAGCGUACGUUGGGGACGACGGAUGACCGCAGAGGAUGAAGGCGGGAGGGGAAGAGAAGAGGAAAGGUCAUCCAUGCAGCGGCAGGCCCGCGAAGCGGGCAGCACAAUCGCGCGCAACAACAUCACGCGCGUGCAACAAAGGCAACUGGCUCGGGACACAACUGAAGCUGCAUCGAGUGGGUGGGGCGACCUGGCGCCACCAUCGGCCCAUGCUGUCCACGAAUCAAUCUGCGUCAGAAUGGUCGAGAAGCACAUGAAGCAGGGCAAUAUCUGAGCGGCCAUCACACUGACAUGAUCAACGAGCAAACGCGAAAAGCACUCGAAGGUUGCAUCUGCCAGGAUCUUCCGCAUGACGCUGCUGUAAGUCUUGGCGGGGGGCAGUGCGGUAAAUACCGUCGUCACCCUUGCCGCUGAAGGUUUCAUGCACAUGGCCGAGCCCAGGGCAGCACCUCCC